AUGCCGGCCCUUGACAUCGAGAACCCCGGUGUCCCAGCCGUGAGCGAGUUCGAAACUCUGCUCACGGAGCUCCUCGACGAGGCCUCGGCGGCAAAGCAAACGACCACCAUCGAGCCGGCCCUUGUGAAAUCCGACUUUGUCAACAUCCACGAUCGAGUGGCCGCUUCGCUCGCCAAGAGUGCGGACGCAGAGAGCAAUGCCUCCUCCGAGUCUCUCAGAUCCCGGCAGUUCGCGCUGGUGGAAACAGCGGCGCGCGAUUUCUUCAGCAAGCUCAUCGCGACGACGUCAAUUGAUAGCCCGGAGUUUGUCAAGAUGUGGAACCUGCUGGAUAUCCUCUCGAUCCUGUCCGACGACGGCCAGUGCGACCCUGCCCUCCUGUUCUGGCUGGUGGAAGAGCUUCUCGACAGCCAGACGGUAGCGGGUUGCCGCAUAAUAUUCGACUUUCUCGAAUCGCGCCGAGAGCGCAUCACGGCCAAGCACUUCAAGCAGAAGAAUCUCGUCAUCCUUCGAAGCUGCAAUGAGCUGCUGCGGAGGCUCUCGCGUGCAGAGGACACGGCCUUUUGCGGAAGGGUGUUCAUCUUCAUGUUCCAGAGCUUCCCGUUAGGAGACAGAAGCUCAGUCAAUCUUCGAGGAGAAUACCACGUCGAGAACAUCACCAACUAUGAAAGAUUGGACGACGACAGCAAAAUGGAAAUCGACACCCAGACGGACACACCAAAGGAGCAGGGCGAUGCCAAGGCUGCUACAAAGAACGGCGCUCAGGAUACAAGCAAAGCUCUUGACCCUGACACGCUCUACCCCAUGUUCUGGUCCUUGCAGGAGAGCUUCAGCCAGCCGCUGAAACUCUUUGACACUGGUCACUUCACAAAGUUCAAGAGCAGCUUGGAAGCCACCAUCACGGCGUUUCAAGCCAUCCACGACGAUAGCAUAUCCUCUUCGAAAUCGAUGGAAAAUCUUAAGAGAACGUUGAAGCGAAAGAGAGACGACGACGGGACCGAGACGCUUCCGGAGGCGUUUAACCCCAAAUACCUUACCAGCAAAGACUUGUUCCAGCUCGAGGCAAGUAUCGCGAUCGAUCUUUCCUUCCGAAGACACGUUCUUGUGCAGGCUCUCAUCAUCACCGAUUUCCUCUUGUCUCUAUCAAAGGAAGAACGGGAGAAGCGAACCAACAUUAACAUAUCCAACAAGUCGGUCAUCUACCCCGAUCAACUCAGCGAGGAAAACACAAAAUGGGCCACAGACAUGAAGAAAGUGAUAUCAGACUACCUCAAGCAGGGCAGCGACGGGCCGUACUUUUUUCGCAUGGUAGAAACAGUGCUGGCUAGGGACAAGAACUGGGUCUUUUGGAAGAUGGCCAGUUGUCCGCCCAUCAAGCGCGACCCCGUCUCGGCCGAGAGCUUCGUCGAGGCCAAGGAGGCGGCGCAAAAGAUGGCAACCAGCAAGCGCCUGCGGCCGAACCCGCUCAACGCCGUGCCGCUCGACUUCCUCACCAACGGGGACGACGAGGGCGAGGCGAUGGAGCAGCUGAAAGAUCCCGAGCGCCACCAGCUGCCCGAGCUGGAGGUGUUCAAGAGCAAGAUUGCCGACGACGACUUUGAGAUUGACAUGCCGACCAACGCCCAGACCAAGGCUACGGCGGUGGCGGCCAAGGCGAGCAAGUCGUGGAGGGCGCUGCGCAUAGCGUCGCGCUUCAAGCUGGCGUCUUUCGACAAGAUUGACGACCCCAAGAACAUCAGCAUCAUCUUUGAAGACGAGCCCGAAGGGAAUGGCGACGACGACGAAGCCGGUGCCGAACCCACAGCUAGCGACGAAGACAUGCCCAGCAAUCGCGACCCCAUCAUCUUAGCCUCAACAGCCUCAGAAAUCACAACGUCUGCGCUGAGGGAGAGGCUCAUGAGCGAGCACAAGGGCGUCUUUGGGUCCGUUGUGCGACACGCCGUGCGCGAGCCACAAGGCGACGACGAAGUCAACGGCAAGACGUUCCACUUUGUGAAAGCGCAGGAGUUCAAUCAGCUGCGAGACGGCGACCGGUUGAUUGAGUACGGGACUCGCGACGGGGUGGACUAUGGGACGAGCAGCAAGGCUGUCGAGGCUGUUGUCGAGGCGGGCAAAGUCCCCAUCAUCGAGCUUGACGUCGAGGCCGCCCAAUUCGCCAAGGACAUGGACUUUUCCGCACGCUACAUCCUCAUCAAAUCACCUUCUUCUUCUUCCUCCUCCUCGGAAGAAGGACAACCCGACGAGUCCAAAACAAAAGAGCUCUUUGACACAGUCAUUGUUUACGAAGAUGACGUCGAAAAGACGGCUUCGCGAAUCGCAGAGUAUAUAUACGCCAAGGCGGAGGAGACCAACGGCGACGACGCAAACAUGGCUGAUGCACCGGCCGUCGACGGUGAUGGCGAUGGCGAUGGCGGAACCGAGUCUUGA